AUGAGAGAGGGGUUGAGAUCAAGUGCUGUGGCGCAAAAAAUUGAGGUUGAUUUGAAAAUAGAUAUUGAUAAUGAUGCUAAAAUCAAGGAUGAUUCGAGCUCGAAGAAUGACGACGAUGGCAUCAGCGGUGAAAAGAAAUCAGUUGAAGACUUGGCUAUUUCUUCUGUAAAAACAGAGGCUGAGGAGAAGGGAAGCGAGCCUGAAAUUGUGGAAUGCUGCAAAGAUGCUGAUGCCGAUGCAAUUACUGAUGUUGAUGUCAAUGCUGAUGGUGUAACUGAUAAAAGUGGCUGUAAGUUUGCUAUAGGUGGGCAGGGGAGGAAAAGGAAACAGGUGGAGAGUCCCGAGGAGGGCAAGGAUGACACCGACAAUGUUGAUGAGAAGAAAGGAGUUUUGGUUUUAAUGUCAAAUGCUUUGGAUUUUGUAGAAGGUUUGGCUCUUUCAACCCAAGAAAAAAAAGUCGGCGAGACAAGUGCGACUGUACAUGUGGAAUGUAGUAACCAUGUCAAUGCUGGUUUUGCUGUGAGUUCCGAUUCUCACGGUGGUAUUAAUAACGAUAGGCGUGAACUUGGUAAAGGCCGGAGGGGAAGAAAAAGAAAGAAGGUGGACAAUCCGAAAGAGGAAGCUGAAGCCACUAAUGCAGGUGAUGUGGAGAAGAGGGGGUUACAUUUGAAUUCAAGUAACUCAGGUUAUGUCAACAAUUCAGUUCUUUCUUCCUCUGAAAGUAAACUUGAGGAGGAGAGAAGUGGAUUUGAACUUGUGGAGUGCAGAAAAGAUGCUGAUCAUCGCGUCAAUUUGGGUGCCAAUAGUGAUGGUGAUAUCGAUGCCAAUGCUGAUAAAGCUACGCAUAAGCCUGAAAAAGGCCGACGGGGGAGGAAGAGAAAAGUAGUGUUGAGUUCUGAAUGCAAUGAGGAUGAUGUGGUUGGGAGAAAGACUGUCAACAAGGAGUCUUUGGAUGGUAGGAUGCAGGUUGUUGGGAGGGUUUUGCGGUCUAAGACAAUGUCGAUGAAUGGUGACGAAAAGGUUUUUGAUGGCGGAAAGGGUGUGGGUGGACACAGAAAGAAGGGAUUUGUUCAAUCAGACAAGAAAAAGGUCGAGAUGGAAAAGGGUGAAAGUGUUCGAAUGAUUGGCAGACCAUGGAAAAGAAUAAAAGGGCAACGCGGAAGGCCCCCCAAGGUUAAGUGGAUAAAUGGGGUAUCUCUGGUGAUUGGUGACGAGAAAGAAAAGGUUAUGGGGUCCAAAAAAAAUAGCGGUAACAAGGCCUCAGGGGUGAUCAAUGUUGAGAAAGAAAAAGUUACAAGGUCCAAGGGAAAGAGUGAUCGACCAAAGGAUCAGAGCAAGCGCAACAGGCUAACCAGUUAUUCACAUCAGGUGGGGAGGAGUGAUAAUGGAGAACAGUUAGAAACCAACAAGCACAAGACAGAAGGGGAAGUGGGGCGUAGGGAAGAAAAACAGUUAGUGAGAGAACAGAUAAUCAGCAUGCUUAAGAAAGCAGGAUGGACUGUAGAAUAUCGACCCAGGCAAAGCAGAGAGUACCUCGAUGCAGUAUAUGUCGAUCCUGAAGGAAGAACUUACUGGUCAGUCACCUUGGCCUACAGGAAGCUUAAAGAGAAAGUUGAAGAUGGAGUUGCUGACAAUAAGACCAUUUCUGCCUUUAUUCCUAUACCAGAGGAGGUAUUCAGCAAACUUUUUAGGGUGACACAAAUGAAAAAGGAGAAAGGUAUAAAAGUGAAGACUAAGAAAAGAAUCACUGGAAAGAAGUUGUUUAAGAAUAAAUCUUCUACAAACAGCAUGGGGGGCUUGAAGGUGAGAGGAAAUCUUAAUUCUGCCAUAAGGCCAGGUGAUAAAUCAUCAAAUAAAAAAAUGAAAGGAAACACAUUGCAUUGUGAACAAGGGAAUUCGGCAGAGCCAGAACGCAAGGGAAUGCCUAGAUCAGCUCGGGAAGAGAGAAAAAGUAGAAAGCCAUGUGCUCUCUUGAUUCGUAGCUCUGAGAAGGGGUUGGAUCCAGAUGGUGAUGGUUUUAUAGAAUAUACUGGGAAGCGCAGUCUUCUUUCCUGGAUGAUUGACUUGGGAACCAUUCUGCCUGGUGGGAAGGUGCAGUAUAUGGACAGUAAGAGGACAAGAGUACUGCUUGAGGGACAGAUUACCAGAAACGGCAUUCAAUGUGGUUGCUGUCAUGAAAUACUUGGAAUUUCAAAUUUUCAGUCACAUGCUGGAUGUCAACUGUAUCAGCCAUUUGAAAAUAUAUACUUACAGUCUGGUGUUUCUCUUCUGCAAUGCCUAGUUGUUUCAUGGAGUAAACAAGAAGAGAAUAAGAAUAUUGGAUUCCAUUUUGUGGAUACUGAUGGUGAUGACCCCAAUGAUGAUACAUGCAACAUGUGUGGAGAUGGUGGUGUCUUAAUCUGUUGCGAUGGAUGCCCGUCAACAUUCCAUCAAAGCUGCUUAGACAUCCAAAAGUUCCCUUGUGGUUAUUGGCGAUGUCUUUACUGUUCAUGCAAAUUCUGCGGGACAGUUGAUGGGAGCCCUUCUCAGAAGGAUGAUAAUCACGAUACAUGUGUGAAUGAACUGCUUUCAUGCCGUUUGUGUGAGGAAAAAUUCCACCAAUUGUGCAUCCAGGGUAAGGAUGCUAUAGAUGUCAAUUCCAAACAUCCAUCUUUUUGUGGGAGGAACUGCCAGCAGCUCUUUGAGCGACUACAGGUUCUUCUGGGCACCAAACAUGAACUGGAAGAAGGAUUUUCAUGGACUCUUCUUCAACAUUGUGAUGUUAGCGGUGAUAAUUCGCUUAGNACCAAACAUGAACUGGAAGAAGGAUUUUCAUGGACUCUUCUUCAACAUUGUGAUGUUAGCGGUGAUAAUUCUCUUAGUGGUGCUCCCCUAAAGGUUGAAUGUAACUCCAAGUUAGCUGUUGCAUUGUCUAUUAUGGAUGAGUGCUUUCUGCCAGUUACUGACGAGAGAAGUGGGAUCAGUAUGAUUCAUAAUGUUGUCUACAGCUGUGGGUAA